AUGGCAUCCCCAGAAUACUCAACCAAGAAACAGCGCAAGCGCAGCGACUAUGGCUACCACCAAGUCCACCAAACAAGAUGGUUCGACAAUGACAUGUACGCCCACCUCAACAACGCAGUCUAUACACACCUCUUCGACACAAUCGCAAACACAUACCUAAUCGAACACUGCGGCAUGGAUCCCUUCAGCGUGAACAACCCAACAUCAACGCAGCAACCACAACCGCAACCAGGACAGCCCUCGGCUAUUGCGGCAAGCGCCGAUCAAAUCGGCCUAAUAGUCUCCACACAGGCGGACUUCUUUGCUUCCGUGCGCUUCCCGGAUCAGUUGGAGGUUGGGCUGCGCGUGAACAAGCUUAGCAAGUCGAGUGUGACGUGGGAAGUGGGGAUCUUUAAGAAGGGGGAAGAGGGUGUUAAGAUGGUUGGGACUUAUACGCAUGUUUUUGUGCUUAGGGAGACUAUGCGGGUUGGGAAGGGUGGGAUGGAGGGGAGGGUUAGAGAGGGGUUGGAGAAGUUGCUCGUUAAGGAGGGGGCAAAGUUGUGA